AUGGCGGGGAAGGCGGCGGCGGGAGCGGCGAAGGCGGUGGCGAAGGCGGCCGGUGAGUACCAGUAUCCAUGGAGGGAGAAGCUCUCCAAGUACAAGGACGAGCUUUCGAAGGGGGUGUGGGGCUACUGGGAGCUCGGCGCCUGGAAGCCCCUCUCUCUGAGUGCCCGACAGCGUGCUCGUCUGCGCAAGGAGGUGCUCCUCGCCGGAGAGUGCGUUCACGCCGACGCUUCUUCACUCAAAUUUUUGCGUCACUUUUCGUUUCUGCUGACUUUUGGAAGAUCGUGGGUAUGAAUCAGGGACUGGCCAUAUGAUCCACCGAGGAAAGAGAUGAGGGACAAGAGGAAGGGGCACAAAUGUGACCGCAUUUCUGCUGAAAAGUGUGUUUUCUUUCAUAUUUUUUUCGAUGUUCAUCAUUCGAUCCUUUGGUGUGAAUUUCUCGAUUGUGAUUGCGUUUCUCUUUCUCCCCAUCUUCGCAGACGUGCAAAUACUGCUGAAUUGAUGAAGAAAAUGCCACAAAUGCUCUUGGAUUAUAAGGUCAAUACAUAUCUCAUUUCUUCCUUUCUGGUUAUCGUAUUAAACUGAUAUUCCUGUCAUUUACUUGGGAUGGCAAAAAUGGACGCCAUUUUAAGAUAGAUGAUGUGGACUUCACUUGAUGGAUGAAAGAUUUAAGAAUACUGGUAGAUUUUGUUUGGUUCCUUUAGCAUGUGAAGAUCAAAGGGAGAUUGCUAAAACUGCUGCUCUAAGCCCUUAGGUCCAUUAUUUUCCAUUUUUAGGUGCUUAGAGUAAGCCAAGAUGAUAGAGUGUGUCAUAGCUUUCAAAAGCUGAGCAAUUUGAAAGAAUGAAUGGAUCUUGGAUGGGUUGGGACAGGUUUGAUUCGAGUCAGAUAAUCUAGAGAUUUUCCGACUGUUCUCAGCCUCGUUGGAGAUGACUUAAGCAGCAUUGUAAUGGCACAUGCUUAUUUCUUUUAAAACCAGAGUUUUAGACGCUCAAAUGAAAGUGAAACGGGUAUGGAUUUCACGCAUCCAAUAAAUCAAACCCAGACCAAAAUGGGAGAAGAAAAAUCAAAACCAGAAAUUCCUGCUUUUAUUAAUAUGCUAGCCAUUUGGACAACAGCGGGAAGUUGGUUGGGUUGCUAAUGAGGACAAGCUGUGGGGGAGAGGUAGAAAUGGGGAAAGGGAGGGGAAGGAAGGCCCUUACCUCAGCCACACUGGCUGAGGGACGACGAUUUGCAGCUUGAAAUGUGCUAGAAUCAAGAAAAUCUACAGAAAAUUGUUGGAUGGUAGAGGUUUGGCCAACUAUUACGGUUGAAAGAAUUCGUGAGAGGGUGAAGGGAAUCAACCGGAGGUCAUCACUAUAAUAUCUGGGGAUGCCAUUGGAAAAGUUAUGAUUGCGUCAAUAAUGGAGAAGUUUUGCUGUUGACUGCUGUUAGCUGCGAAGAGUGGAGGGGUAUGGAGCUGGUGAAUGAGGUAAGUGUGGACAAGGUUUUCAGAGCUCUAAUUAACCUCUUUGGCCUUCUUGGUUUCUUAGAAACAAGAAGAAACGUAGCCAAUUUGCACCGUCUUGUGUUAAUUUUGAUAUCAUCUGAAGAGUGGACUGUUGUCCGAUCAAUGAACAUAAAUUUCAACCUCAAUCAGCCGAUUUCAGAUCGAAAAUCUGGAUUUUCUUUGGUUGAACAUCCAUAUUUCUCAAAUCCUCGUUAUUAAGCAUCAGCCAUUGUGUUCAAAAACAAUGUGGCCUCGCUGCCAUUAUUCAUGAUCAGAAGUGAAACAGUAAAUCCUCCUGUCGGUGUGAGAUCGAAUCUGGAUGGCACAAGAAUGAAUCGUGAAGAGUAGCAGAGAGGAAUAUGUAUGGGACAGGGAAAAGUAUAUAGAACAUUAUACUCCCUCUCUCUCUCUCUCUCUCUCUCUCUCUCUCUCUCUCUCUCUCUCUCUCUCAUGCACUUCCCCUGGAAAGUGGGGGCAGUAGCUUCCUCUUUGUUCUCACUGUGACAUCAUUGCCCUUUAAAACUGUUCACUCUUAAUCAGCUUUACGGUACACAAGUAAAAUGAGGGAUGUCCAUGGUGGCUAUGAAUCAGUCGAAUGAUCCACGUUGAGAUGAAAAUACACUACUACAUGAUCCAGAUAAUCCAGAUAAAAGAAAUCUGGGCGCUGUCAUGGUUUGUCUUCAAAAUAACUGAAUUGUAGAAAAACCUGAGAAAUUUCGGAAUAAUCAUCUCCUGGUUUCUUCUAAUGUUCCCAAAGUAGAAAGAGUAGACUUUAAUAUACACCAUCUGGUUCCCUUUAGAAAGCAUGUAAAUUAUGAAGCACCCCUUGAAGUUUUCCCUGUAUAAGUAGCUCCAACUAUGGGUGCCUCCAUGGUUUCCUCCAUGAAUAAAGCAAAUUUCUGGACAUCUACGAUUUCUCGACCUUUUUGACCUGAAAUCAACAAUACACCUGACAUUUUAUGCUUUGAACAUGUUAAUCUUCAUCCCUCACUAUUAUAUUUCAACUGGAGAGGUGCAUGCCUUGUAAAAGUAUUCGAGCGUUGUAGCUUCUCCAUUCUUUCUCUUCAAAACAACGUGCGAGCUUUUCUCAUUCCCAAACUCUCUCCCCCUUAAAAACUCCUUCAGUUCAAAGAGAAAGGGAACAUUUCUAUGAAAUCCUCCUCCUCCCUUUUUGUGUUCUGACUAUAUUUGUGCAGAUGCUUCUGUCUGUUCUGUUGACUUCUUUGGAGUGCCUCAAAGCCCGCACCUGACUAGGGGAGUUUGACUUGACAGGAACCCACCCCCUACAUCUUUUCCAUGACUUGCAGGAACUCAAGUCUUGAGAAAUUAGUGAAAACAUUAUAGUCGCUGAAAUCUUGCUGCAGUUCAUGUGCACAUACCUUGUUCUAUGAUGAAUUACUUAUUUUAGGCAUCGUUCCGAUAUUUUGCUCCCUUUGCCAUCCAAACCCGGAAGGUCCAACCCCACGUCAAUGGCAUUAUUGGAGAAAUACGAUUGUAUUUCUGGAGUGAGCACUCCGUUGCAAUGGUUUCUGACAUGAAUUCGCCUUCAUGCACCCUGCAGAAGCGAAGGUGGGAGAAGAAGAUGAAGGCCGAAGAGACAGAAAAAGAUUAA